GUGGAGCAGGCGGCGUCAGCGGUUCCGGACUGCAGUGCGCCCUGGUUGCUGCUGCUGCCACCGGCGACCACUGCUGACGAAGCGGUGGACGAGGACGAAUCUCUGCGAGGCUCCGUGCUGCCCUUCGACUGCAUCGUCAUCACAGCACGCGCCCUGCCCCAAGGAGACUCCUACUCGCUGCUGGAGGUGUAUAGGGAGCGCGCGAGAGGUCCAAUGAUGAUAGACUGGCGCGCCCGAUGGCGGGCCUCCGCCCCCACCGCCCCCGCGCCCCGCGGCUCACUCAUCCAACGCCGCCCGGGCCUCCGCGGCACCGAACUCGUCGUCGCCUACGUGCAGGAUCCCCCAUAUGUGGUUCCCAAAAAGAAAGGUUCAAUAUCUUCCUCUGAAGAUAUUGGCGGAAUCUCAGCAGAAAUUUUCUGGGAGCUUAGGAAUCUUAUGAAAUUU